AUAUCUUCGCGUCCUUCACUAUCUGGUUGAUUUGUUCAACUCAGAGAGAGAGAGAGAGAGAGAGGAACUGAUUUUUCUUAACCCGUUUCUAGUCUUUCCUUCCCUCUUUCUAACCGGUUUCCAAACCACGACUUCCUCAGAUGAGAUAUUUGCGUGUCUGGUCUUCUUUGAUUUUUUAGCCGACCCUAUAUCUUCUCUGCUCUUGUUGCUCAUUGUUGUAUCAAGAACAUUGAUUCUUCAUUUUAGGAAUCUCAGGUUUCAGUUCUGUGGCUGUCCAAGUUUUCUUCGCUGAUUCCUUCGCCGAUCUCUGUAGUCAUUUUACUCUUGAAAAAUGUUUGGUUUUAGAAAAUCACCCUUUUCCAAGAUCAAUAAACAAAACUCGGUUGACCCUGGCUUUUCUGCUUUUUCUGGUACUAACCCUUUUGAUUCAGACACUGAAUCUGACUCCAAUCAAACCCUUAAACCUGCAAGAAAAACUUCUUCUGAACCUACACUUACUACACCCAACCUCAAAGCCAACCUUUUUGACGAAGACGGUGGAAACACAGCAGCUUCUGCUUCAUCUUCAUAUUCUCGUCCUUCAGCCCAAAGGAACAAAUACAAGAAUGACUUCCGUGACUCUGGAGGAUUGGAGAACCAGUCUGUACAAGAACUGGAGAACUGUGCUGUGUACAAGGCCGAGGAGACGACGAACACCGUCAAUGGCUGCCUGAAGAUUGCUGAGAAUAUCAGAGAGGAUGCUACUAAUACUCUGAUCACUUUACAUAAGCAGGGUGAGCAAAUCACGAGGACCCACCAGAUUACUGUUGAUAUUGAUCAAGAUCUCAGUCGGGGGGAGAAACUUCUUGGGAGUCUUGGUGGUAUGUUCUCUAAGACCUGGAAGCCAAAAAAGAACCAUGCAAUCAAAGGGCCAGUGAUCUCUAGAGAUGACUUGUUCAAAAGAAGGGGCAAUCACUUGGAGCAGAGGGAGAAGUUGGGGUUGGCACCUGUACCCAAGGAACAGUCAAACUCACGACAACCUCCUCCUGAACCCACAAAUGCAAUACAGAAAGUAGAGGUGGAGAAGGCCAAGCAAGAUGAUGCCUUGUCAGACUUGAGUAAUAUUUUGGGUGAGCUGAAGGUUAUGGCCAUUGAUAUGGGGACUGAAAUUGGAAGGCAUAAUGAAGCUUUGGGCAAUGUUGGUGACGAUGUGGAUGAGUUAAAUUUCCGGAUGAAAGGUGCCACUCAGCGUGGGCGUCGUUUGCUGGGGAAGUAAAGGCCAUGAAGUUUUCUGACUUGCUGCAGACAUGCUUACUGUACUUGACUUGGGUUCGCACAACCCCUCUCUGAUUCUUCUUCUGUAAUCUCAUGUUUACCAGCUGUGUAAUGAAUUUGAGUUCGGAUAUUGGCAUGAUUCCUCCUAUUCUUUUUAAGCUCCUUUGUAUACAUUGGAAAUUAUGAUGCUUCAUUGCAGAUUUUCAAGCA